AUGGCGACGCCAACAAGACAGAGGAGGCGGAAGGAAGGCGCCUACUACUUCUCUUCUGGCGAGCAGCAGGUGUCGGCACGGAGCGGCGGCUGGAUGGAGCGCCGCCAGCCGCCAGCGGCAGUCACCGACAAUGGCGGCGCGCAACAAUGGCGGGAACAAUGGCGGCGGCUGGGAGCGCGCCCACCUGCGCCACCAGCGCCAGAUUUACCUUCCGCGGGCGCCGCCACUCUGAUGGCCUCUUCCAACCCCUGUGGGACAGAUACGAAUUAUACUAAUGAUACAGUUGAUCAUGGUAUGGCCAAGAUGAAUAGUCCAGCGUUCUGGGGUCUAAUCAACCCUGAGUGGAGCCUCUGCAACAAGGGCCGGCGCCAGUCGCCCAUCAACCUGGAGCCUAACAAACUGCUCUUCGACCCAAACCUGCGCGUGCUGCACAUCGAUAAGCACAGGGUGGGCGGCAUGAUCAGCAACACGGGACACAGCGUCAUCUUCACGGUGGAGAACACGACGCGGCACCACGUCAACGUGUCUGGCGGCCCGCUCUCCUACAAGUACCAGUUCCACGAGAUACACGUGCACUACGGGCAGCAUGACGACUCGGGCUCCGAGCACAACAUCAACGGCUACGCCUUCCCCGCCGAGAUCCAGAUCUUCGGCUUCAACUCACAGCUGUACUCCAAUUUCUCGGAGGCCUUACACAAAGCCCAGGGCAUAGUAGCCAUCUCUCUGCUGCUCCAACUCGGAGAUUUGUCGAAUCCUGAGCUGAGGAUACUGACAGAUCAACUGGACAAAAUUAGACACGGAGGUCAGGAGGUAGAGGUGCGUCGACUGUCGAUCCGCGGCCUGCUGCCCGACACGGACUACUACAUGACGUACGACGGGUCCACGACGAUGCCCGCCUGCCACGAGACUGUCACGUGGAUCAUCCUCAACAAGCCCAUCUACAUCACCAAGCAGCAGCUGCACGGGCUCCGGCGGCUGAUGCAGGGGGACGGGCACCAGCCCAACGCGCCGCUGGGCAACAACUACCGGCCACCGCAGCCGCUCUUCCACAGGCCCGUGCGCACCAACAUCGACUUCAACUCCGGGAGGUACUGUCCAAGCAUGUAUCGUGAAGUGUAUUAUAAAGCAAACAGUUGGAAACAUCACUGAAUACUUAUGCGGCAGGAGUUUCAGUGGAUAACCAACUAAGAGACCACUGUGGUCCUUGUGUUGUAGUAAAUCGUUGAGCUCCUGACAGAGACAUCGUGUAAAUAGUUUGUACAUGGAAGCUUUUUAGGCUUUGGAAGGUAAGCUGCGAUUCCUUUAACACUGAUAACAUGUAUAAGUUCUGUAAGCAAAAUAUAUUAAAAGUGUUUGUUGCGGUAUACACUAAGUGUAACCAAAAAUUGAUUGUGGCGGUUGGAAGUGGAACUCUUUCCCAAAGUUAAGUUUAAUGGACUAUAAAAGUGACUGCAAGGAACAGUUGUCUUCUUAAGGUGUAGAAUAAACAAUCUGAGUCGGUGGUAAUAGAAUAUCUUGAAGAUAGGACAACAAACAUGAAGAAAUUUGCUUGAAAAUGCUUUCACAAAUGUUAAUGGAAUCGCUUACAGUGUUACAUGUGAUGUACAAUAAUAAGAAAAUACAUAUCACAAUAUUCUUCCGUGAUCUGGUCUUCAUGUACUGCUUUUGAAAAACGUUAUGUGUUUCUUAUGGUGGAAAAAAUAGAAAUCUGUAGGACGAGAUUUGUUCAACAAUCAUCAGCUCGUGUUUACAACACAAAAUAAUUAAUUUACGUUCAGUUCACAAGCGCAGAUAAAAUGAGUUACGUAUGGUUUACUUUGCCAUACUUGGCGGAUAACAACUGAUGUUACUCCCUUGUAAAAUUCUUAGCUUAGUUUCGAGUACAUUCAUUAUCGUAUGUAAUGUUAUUUUGCAUAGCAUAUUGUAUCAGUUACUGUGAACUCAGGUACAUAAGUGGGUAUUCGUAGGUAUAGUUUCGAAAAAAGAAGCAGCUGUUUGUCAGGAGACGCUGGUGUCUGUUGAGUUCUAGUAUGAUCAAAUAUCUUGAUAUGUCCUUGUCAUACGAGUUAAGCUUUAUUUUCUAUAUACUACGCAUUGCAACAAAACGAGGGCUGGCAUGUUUGUAUGUUUUUGUGUGGAAGCAUAUCAGAUCUGAAACUUAAAAUGUGAUUAAUUCAGAAGAAUUAUGUUUGUAACAUGCGAGUAUACAUUUAGGUGAGUGAGUUGAUUUGAGGUAAAUGUGUGAUGAGCCAGAGAACUGUUGUUUAAUUCUGUGUACUUCGUAGUGGAAAGCUGUAUGUCAAUCAGUUUUUUCGCUUGUCCUUCACGCUGGUUCUUCGAAGAAUCAUUCUCUAACAUGAAUGGCGCAUGUGAAUGAAUGCCGAAAUAUGUGACAUUCCGCUGGAGUAUAUGUAUAACUAGUGACAUGUAAAUCAUACAGUGCGGUUAAUUUUCCCAGCCGCAGAUGUGCCUGGAAUAUUUGCUAAUGUUGCAUCAGUAUAGUAGAAAAUGCUACUGUUAUUGUAAUGGAGACUACUAUAUAUAAACGCUUGUAAACUAAAGUCUGA